AACUGUGCGCUUGCGAUCAUUGCCCCAAACAGAACAUUUCGGGUUACCACGGAAUGGCCUCUCAUAACAGAGACAUGCAUAGGAAGAUUAGCAAGUUUGCUUGCAUAUUCUGUUACAAUUCAUUUCCAACUAAGAGCAGCCUUGACCAGCACCAUGGUUUUUGUCAAAUCAAGAGGGGUAGUUUUAAUUCCUCUGAUGAGUAUAAUAAUGAAAACCAUAUUAAAUUUGAUUUUGUGGUUAUAUUGUUUUAAUUGAAUUCCUUAUGAAUUAAUAUUUAUGGAAUGAAAUGACAAAUAGUUCAUUUACAAAAUUUGGUAUGUAAUCUAUCAAUAUUUUGGUUUGAAAAGAAGCUUGAUAUUUCUGAUACUGUUGUCUAAUCUAAUUUUUUUUUUUCCAGAUUAUGAGGCUAGGCGCCCAGCAUACUAGGUUGAGUGGGCAGCAUUUGAUGGGACAAAGAAAGGGAGAUAGGUGGGGGAACUUGCUUGACUAUGAUUUGUUUUUCUAUGUUGUUUUGACAUUUGAUCAUUGAGAUUAGCCAAGAUGAAAUCAGAAAUUGACAUCCUUCUUUUUCAAAAGCAAACUAUAUGUCUUCUUUAAUGCUUCUUAUAUAUCUCCUCUUUUUUUUUUUAUCUCCUUCCAGACAUUAAAUCUCCUAUUAUAAUGAGCAAAGAGCAAUUUGAUCAUAAAUUUGAGAUAGUCAGCAACUUUGUAUACUCUCUAUGCAAAAGUAGCUAUUAGAGAUGAUUCUACCGCACUUUUGUAUUUUAGCUGUGAGCAUGGAUAUGGUAAUAGGAGAUCUGCACUUUAAAAGAGAAGUUUACUAAUUAUGUGGAAAGUUUUUGUAGUUUUAUUUUUUUGUCCUUGCUCAAGCUGAUUACCAUGUAGUUAUUUAAACCUAUGCACAUCCUUCAUGUUGGUAUAUUAUGUUACAAUCUGAUGUCAGGUAGCUUAUGCAUCCCCAUUGCUAAAUAUACUACAUUUGCAUUUUUGUUCAUAAAAUUGAUCCAAUUAG